GAGGCGCACAGAGCUGCCAGCAAGUAGUAACACACUGCACAUGCGCACAGCUGGGACGUCACGUUGCACGACUCGAUCCAAUCAUCAAAAAGUUUCCUAAAAGAGAGCGUAAGAUGGCGACUGCCGAACCGGAAACCAGUCCAGGUUCACCCCUGCCUGAUGACGAUGCAGCCGAGGAGGCUGGACUGGAAGUCGUGAGUCCAGAGGCCUACAUCAAACACCCGCUCCAGAACAGGUGGUCUCUGUGGUUCUUCAAGAAUGACAAGAGCAAAACGUGGCAGGCCAACCUGCGACUCAUCUCUAAAUUUGACACUGUUGAAGAUUUCUGGGCUCUCUAUAACCACAUACAGCUGUCCAGUAACCUGAUGUCAGGCUGUGACUACUCUCUGUUUAAGGAUGACAUCGAGCCCAUGUGGGAGGAUGAGAGGAACAAGCGCGGCGGCCGCUGGCUGAUCACACUCACCAAGCAGCAGAGGAGAUUGGACCUGGACCGCUUCUGGUUGGAAACACUCCUUUGUUUGGUUGGAGAGGCCUUUGACAACUACAGUGACGACGUCUGCGGAGCCGUCGUCAACAUCCGCACGAAAGGAGAUAAAAUAGCUGUGUGGACGUCAGACUACGAAAACCGUGACGCUGUGACACACAUAGGGAGAGUCUACAAGGAGCGCCUGGGCCUCCCCAUGAAGAUGACCAUUGGCUACCAGUCCCACGCAGACACGGCUACAAAAAGCGGUUCAACCACCAAGAACAAAUUUGUGGUUUGAGGUCAGAUUGACGCCUCGUUCAUUUGUCUUAUCUGUCCUCGGUCCAUGUGUUUACUUUUGCUGCAAAGACUCUGUGGAUGCCAUCUAGAGGAAGUUGACGGGAAACCCAGUCCAUGACGACGCCAGCACGCCACACGUCUCCAUAAACCAUGGCACACAUACACACCUAAUGUUCCACAACACUAACGAUGUGAAGUUUUAAUGAUGAAUGACACGCUACAAACUCAAUAUGUGGAGAUUUUACUUGUUUAGUGACGGCAGCCAAUCAAAAACAUUGUCCUCAAUGACAUGAAAUCUUUUUAAUUUAUUAUAUUAAUUUUCCUGCAUAUCGUUAGUUUGUUAGAUCUUUGUUCUACGAACCUUUUGCCUUGUACUGUUGCACAUCAUCGAUCUUUGAAAGUAUUUCAUGACUCAUUCAUUUGAGUGUUAAUAUAAAUAAAACAUUGGUUUUGCAGUUACCA